AUCAGACAACUAAUACUGUUUAAACUACUGUUGUGCCAUAUCAGACAACUAAUACUGUUUAAACUACUGUUGUCCUAUCUCAGACAACUAAUACUUCUUAAAAAAUCACAGAUAAACAAUAACCCACUAUUGACGUCUUACGAAAUCAUCUACAAACAUUAGUUCACUAUUGACGUCUUACGAAAUCAUCUAUAAACAUUAGUUCACUAUUGACGUCUUACGAAAUCAUGAACGAACAUUAGUUCACUAUUGACGUCUUACGAAAUCACGAACGAACAUUAGUUCACUAUUGACGUCUUACGAAAUCAUGAACGAAUAUUAACCCUCUGUUGAAUAUGAUAAAACCCGCUUGUUUCGCUUUGUUUGGUGGUAAGUAAAUAUUACAACAAUUCCCUGUUGGCAGCUUUAUAUUAAAGUUUUCUUUGUCAGCUGAUUCGUUUAGAAAGCUAGGUAUUUCACGAGAUUCUCUUCUAAGUGCUCACUGGUGGAUCUUACCAGCCUCAGUAUAAAAGCUCUGUCUUUACACCAUGAUCUGCUCUCUAAGGCAUUUUGAUAUUUAUAAACUUAGAUGUUUUUUUUUAAACCCGACAAGACAUAUUAAUAUGUGGACGUUGUCUACUUGGUCUAUCAAGAUUAAUGUUGAUGGGUGAUGUUGAAGUUGCUAGGAUUGAGACGAAAAUAGUAGGCCUAACAGGAAAUAUUACAUUUGAUAACAGAGGAUCUAGAACCAAUUUCACAAUUGAUAUUGUGGAGAUGACAGUUAACAGCGAGAUGGCCAAGAUAGCAGAGUGGCGUGAUACACACGGUCUAAGGUUGUGCUCGCCUGUGUACCGAAGGGUAAAACAGGACACGGGAUUUGAAAACAAAACCUACAUAGUGACAAGUAUUUUGGAAGAACCUUACCUCAUGUACAAGAAGUCGGAACCAGGAGAAAAUCUAGUUGGAAACGACAGGUUUGAAGGAUUUUGUAAAGAUCUGGCAGAGCUGAUAGCAAAACAUCUGAACUUCGAUUACAUUUUAAAGCUGGUAAACGAUUCAAACUAUGGUGGCCAAGAUCCAAACUCUCCUGCUGGAUGGAAUGGGAUGGUUGGAGAACUUAUUCGUAAGGAGGCGGACAUGGCUAUCGCCCCUCUGACGAUUACCUCAGCAAGGGAACGUGUUAUUGAUUUCACUAAGCCUUACAUGUCUCUCGGUAUCAGUAUAAUGAUCAAGAAGCCGAUGAAGAAGAAACCUGGAGUGUUUUCCUUCAUGAAUCCCUUGUCGAAGGAGAUCUGGAUGUGCAUCAUCUUCGCCUAUGUUGGAGUGUCGGUCGUGCUGUUUCUUGUUAGCCGGUUUUCUCCGCACGAAUGGCGGCUCGAGGACACCUUCCUGGGCCAGUCGGUGUCCAACGACUUCUCCUUAAUGAACAGUCUCUGGUUUUCUCUAGGGGCUUUCAUGCAACAGGGUUGUGACGUCUGCCCCAGGUCGAUGGCUGGUCGAAUCGUCGGAAGUGUCUGGUGGUUCUUUACCUUAAUAAUAAUUUCAUCCUACACUGCGAACCUUGCUGCAUUCUUAACCGUGGAAAGAAUGGUUACUCCUAUUAAUUCAGCGGAAGAUUUGGCCAAGCAGACCGAGGUAGAAUACGGCACCCUGAUGUACUCUUCAACUCAGGAGUUUUUUAAGCGUUCCAAAAUCGCCGUGUAUGCCCGGAUGUGGGAGUUUAUGAACUCGAGGAAGCACGUGUUUACAUCUUCUUAUGACGAGGGUAUCAGACGAGUCCGAGAGUCCAAAGGCAAGUAUGCCUUCCUUCUGGAGUCCACUACUAACGAUUAUAUUAACGAGCGGCAGCCGUGCGACACGAUGAAAGUAGGAAGAAACCUGGAUGCCAAGGGUUUCGGAGUGUCCACUCCACUAGGAUCUAACCUUAGAGAUCGACUUAACUUGGCAGUUUUGUCACUCAAAGAAAAUGGAGACCUGGCUCGUUUGAAGAACAAAUGGUGGUACGAUCGUAGUGAAUGUACAAGUGACAGUGGAAAAGAUUCCUCCCAGAAUGAACUUACUUUAAGCAACGUAGCUGGCUGUUUCUUCAUCCUGAUUGGUGGAUUAGUUCUCGCAAUACUCGUAGCUUUACUUGAGUUCUGCUACAAAUCCAAAACUGAGGCAUCUCGUUCAAAGAUUAGCAUAUGCGAAGCAAUGAAGUCCAAGCUACAGAUAUCUCUGACUGGGAAUCAUUAUGAAGGACGAGGAAGGACGGCUUCUCUAUAGUUUCGUCCCCAGUGACUGCCUAUAACGGGAUGACCGAUUCGCUACACACCCAAGUUUAAUGUAAAGAAGAGUUUAAGAAAGAUGAAGAACACCAAGUUAAAACACCAAGUUUAUGGUAUAUUAAUUGAACAUUCUCUGUAUUUUGGAAGAUUUUCUCACCUAAUUACUUUUUUUUGAACACAUAUAUAUAAUAUUCUGUGUGUUUGGAUUCACCAAUAUGGACCACCGUGUUCUCCAAUGGAUCUUAAUUUUCUGCAUUUAGUAAUUCUGAUUUAAUUAUAUCCGACAGUUCUAUUGUAGUGCUAUAAUACGUCUUUUACGAAAAAUAACAACAACAGGAAAAUCUCAAAUAAACUUUAUGAAAUA